GUUUCUCCUGAAGGAUGGAUACACAUGUUCUGGACUCAGUCAGUGAGUUUAGCCUCGUCCAGUCUAGUCGAGGUGAUAGUCAUCAUGAGUUCGCCUGCAAAGCUAGCAAUUUAAGGCAGAAAGGACUCUUACUUUGAGGAAGAUGGUCGUCACAGAUAUUGCAGCAACAUGAGACGUGGGGUGCUGCUCGACGGUGGAUCUAUUUCUGCAGGUUGUGGCAUUCUCAAAGAUGAAUGUGGUUUCCUGCAACUUUCUAUACACAGGUUUUUAACACCCGUCUGCUCCCAUCUGCUCUGCGGCCUUCACUGGUACAGUCGGUGAUGAAGGAAGCGGCUGAAGGCAGAAGGGAAGCUGGGAGAAAUUGCGACAACUGGAUUUUCCGGACGAAAAGAGCAAGUACGAGGGCGACGUGGGACCAAAGCCCACUAGCAAAUCCGUUAUGAGCGGGUGGUGGGAGUGCGAAUAUCCAGGUGUUACUCAUCUUUGACCUUACAAAGUAUCCGUCACAUGUUACUCACAAAUCAAUGAUAUCGAAGAGUGAACCUCCUAUUUCCUCCAUAUAACU